UCCGCGGCCCUCCACCACCUGGGGCAGCAGGCGGCGCAGCUCGGGGUCGGCGAGGCGCAGAAGCGGGUACUGGACCUGGAGAAGAGCCUGCAGUUCCUGCAGCAGCAGCACUCGGAGACGCUAGUCAAACUCCACGAGGAGAUUGAUCACCUGAAGCGGGAGAACAAGGAGCUCCAUUACAAGCUAAUAAUGAACCAGAAGUCAAUUAAGAGAGGUAGCAUCACCAAUUCCAACUUUCAGGCCGUCAAGCCCAUUCCAAACUCAGUGAUGUCAGCCAGCUCUCAAAACAAGGCCAGGCCUCAGCCCAGCUCCAAGAAGACAGACUCAAAAACGGAUGCUUCCCAGAAGACGGACCUGGAAGAGAAGACUUCGGCUGCUGCCCUGCUUCACAGCAGCAAGUUGGACAAAGCCCCCGUGGCACAGAGGCCCUCCAGAGAUGAAGUGGAGACCUUUAAUCCAGACGCCACCUGGGUGGCAGGCAGCCAGCACAAGAGCAAGCAGAUGAUGGGGGUGCCCCGCCUGAUGAACCUGCCCCCCCACUUGCGCAAACCCACCUCACUCCAGCAGUGUGAAGUGGUCAUCCGCCAGCUGUGGAAUGCCAACCUCCUGCAGGCCCAAGAGCUGCAGCAUCUCAAGUCUCUCCUGGAGAGGAAGAAGUCAUCCCAGGCUGCCUCCGAGGAGGCGGCCCCGAGCUCUCCCAAUGACCAGGAAGCUAUGCAGUUCUCCAAGGUCCCCACCAAGGGUGUCUCUAGGAAAUGCCUGAUCCUGAGCCCGAUUCCCGUGUCAGAGCGCGCCAUCCUGCCCGCACUGAAGCAGACCCUGAAGAAUAACUUUGCAGAGCGGCAGAAACGGCUGCAGGUGGUGCAGAGCCGGCGGCUGCACCGCUCCGUGCUCUGAGCGCCUGCCCUGAGCAGCCUGCACCGUGGUCCCGGCCAGGCCCAGGUCACAGCUGGGGACACUCACCCUCUCUAGGCAGCAUCCCAAAAAAAAAAAUUCCACAUAAACCAAACUCACAGCAGAUAAAGUCCUUGGUCUGAGAACUGAAAAACGUUUAUUUUCUUGCUCAGUAUUUUGCUAUUCUGCAUUUACACAAGAGCGUGUUAAAAGUAUUACUUCACCUGUUGAAGAAUAAAGCUUGUUUCUCCCAGUCCUGAGUCUAGUCCCUCGCUGGCUGUCAGGUGCUGCUGCCCUGGGAGGCCCCCAGCUCUGCGCCCUAUAAUGGGGUGCGGGGGAGAGGGCGCUGGCGGCCGCCCUGGAAACAAGCUUUGUGUGCACCCCUUUUUGGAUUCAGGGCCUUUCCUGCCCGAGCUGCCUUCUGGGCACAGGCACUCGGGUCUGCUUGACCAGACACUCCUCAGGGCAAGAUGAUGUCCACCUACCUCGGCAACAUCUGUGUCCACACUGACAUCGGCGAUGAGCCACACUGCUGAGCCCAGCGUCCUCCGUGAAGGGCCACAGUCAAGGCCUCAGGAGAAUGGUCCUCUGCAGGGUGCUGGGCCUACCCCGUGAUGUCCCCACCCCCUGAGGGCCUCACAUCUACCCCUCAAUCGCCAGAACAGCAGCUUCCUCUUAGAUCUCGUGGGUGUUUCUCAGGGCUAAUCUCUGCCUCCUCCAGCUUCAGGGAACAGGGACUUUGCCAGAAACCUGGAGGUGAACCAGGACGAGGCAUCAACAGUCAGAUGAGGGUGAACUGAGGUCUGGGCAUCCAUGGCCAUCUCCAAGGUGGGGGACCUGGCUCAGCCCUGAC